UGGUAUUUCAUUUUCUGGUGAAAUUCAUUUUUUUCCCGCGACUAACGUUAUUUAAUCGGUGGGAAGGUUGAGGAAAAACCAAAAUUUCCGUUCAUAUCGAUAAGCCGUUACUGAAUAGAAGGCAAAAAGUCCAUCUAUAGAGUAACGGAAUCAUCGGACAUCUCCUUUUACAUACAAUAUAAAUAGUCUGCUGUCGCCGUCAGCGUCCGACAGUCCCGCAUCAAGUCUCAAGCAGAAUGGAUUUCAGUAUCUUGCACCUGGCCGUGGUGCUGGCCUUCGCCACACUCGUCUAUCUGUAUCGGUGGUUAACGCGGAACAAUGACUACUUCCACGAUAAACCGAUUCCUUCGAUGGCCGUUGAGCUGUUCUUUGGAUCUUCCAGGCCGCUGGUGCUGAAGAAGGUCACAUUUUCGGACUUCAUCCAAUCGAUUUACAACAAAUAUUCCGGAGUGAAAGUUUUCGGAAUGUUCGAAACGAUCACACCGUUCUUCGUGAUUCGCGACCCGGAGUUGAUCAAGCAAAUCGGUAUCAAGGACUUCGAUCACUUUGUAGACCAUCGUCCCACGUUCGGUUUGUACGACGAAGAGAGUGCCGAACAUCCGAAUGCCCUGUUCCGGAAGACCUUGUUCUCGAUGACCGGACAGCGGUGGAAAGAAAUGCGAGCUACGCUAAGUCCGGCCUUCACCGGGAGCAAGAUGCGGUUGAUGUUCUCGCUGAUGGGCGAAUGCUUCGACGAAAUGAUUGACCAUCACUCCAAUAAGGCACAAAGCACAGGUCGGAUAGCGGUCGAAGUCAAGGACAUGAUAAGUCGCCUGAGCGUCAACAUUAUUGCGUCGUGUGCCUUCGGAAUCAAAGUGAAUUGUUACCAACACCAACAACAUGAGUUUUUGCAGCACGGUCGAAGAAUCGUAGAUUUCGGAAGACCAAUUGCGAUCGCAAAGAUGAUGACCAUGCGCAUCGUUCCGAAGCUAUCCUCACGACUUGGAGUUGAUAUAGUCGACAAAGAACAGGGUGAAUAUUUCACCAAAGUGUUCCAGGACACAAUCAAAGCUCGCGGAAGUCACGGCAUUGUUCGCAACGACAUGGUCGACCUGUUGCUACAGGCCCGCAAGGGCACGCUGAAGCAUCAAGAAGAGAAACACGAUGAAGAGGGAUUUGCCACCGUUCAGGAAUCCGACUUAGGCAAGGUGGAAGUGACGAAGCGCAUAACAGAUCCGGAGAUGAUCGCCCAAUGUUUGGUGUUUUUCCUCGGAGGAUUCGAUACGGUGUCGAGCUGUGCCACGUUUAUGGCAUACGAAUUGGUUCGUAAUCCGGAUAUACAGCAAAAGUUAUACGACGAGGUACGAGAGAUGAAUAAGGAGCUCAACGGAAAAUCACUAACGUACGACGCACUUCAGAAGAUGAAAUACAUGGACAUGGUGGUGUCGGAAACUCUGAGAAUAUGGCCUUUGGCACCAGCGGUGGAUCGUUUGUGCACAAAGGACUAUACGGUGGACGAUGGUCAGGGUCUGCGGUUCACGAUCGAUAAGGGAACGUGUGUUUGGUUCCCUGCUGCCGGGCUGCACUUUGAUCCGCAGUACUUCCCCAAUCCGGAAAAGUUCGAUCCGGAGCGAUUCAGUGACGAGAACAAGAAUAACAUCAACCUGGGAGCGUAUCUUCCAUUCGGGAUCGGUCCACGAAACUGUAUUGGGUCGCGAUUCGCUCUGAUGGAGGUGAAGGCUGUAAUGUAUUACAUAUUGCUUAAGUUUUCGAUCGUCAGAGGAGCAAAGACCCAAAUACCGAUUGACGUUCGAAAGGGUUUCACCAAUGUGGGUCCGGUGAAUGGAAUGCAUGUGGAGCUGCAACUGAGACCAAGCAGAAUGGACAUCAGUUUCGUGCACUUGGCAGGGGUGCUGGCCCUCGUCACACUUGUUUAUCUGUAUCGAUGGCUAACGCGCAACAAUGACUACUUCCACGAUAAACCAAUUCCUUCGAUGGCAGUCAAGCCGUUCUUCGGAGCUUCUGGUCCUCUGUUACUGAGAAAGGUCACAUUUACGGAUUUCAUUCAAUCGAUUUACAACAAAUAUCCCGGAGUGAAAGUGUUCGGGAUGUUCGAAACAAUCACUCCGUUCUUCGUUAUCCGCGACCCGGAGUUGAUCAAACAAAUCGGUAUCAAGGACUUCGAUCACUUCGUAGACCAUCGUCCCACGUUCGGUUCGUUCGACGCAGAAAGUGCUGAACAUCCGAAUGCUCUGUUCCGGAAGACCUUGUUCUCGAUGACCGGACAACGGUGGAAGGAAAUGCGAGCGACGCUGAGUCCGGCCUUCACCGGGAGCAAGAUGCGGUUGAUGUUCUCACUUAUGGCCGAAUGCUUCGAUGGAAUGAUUGAUCAUUACUCUAUUAAGGCGAAAAACACAGGGCGGAUAGAGGUCGAAGUCAAGGACAUGAUGUGUCGAGUGAGCGCCAACAUCAUUGCAAUAUGCGCCUUUGGGAUUAAGGUGGAUUGCUUCAAGGAACAACAACAUGAGUUUUUGUACCACGGUAGUAAAAUGAUGAAUUCCGCAAGACCAGCUGUGAUCGUUAGAAUGAUGGCCAUGCGCAUCUUCCCGAAACUGUCCUCACGGCUUGGACUCGAUCUGAUCGAUCCGGAACAGGCUGAAUAUUUCACCAAAGUGUUUCACGAGACAAUCAAAGCUCGCGGAAGUCAAGGAAUUGUUCGUCACGACAUGAUCGACCUUCUGCUACAGGCUCGCAAGGGCACGCUGAAACAACAGGAAGAGAACGACGAUGAAGAGGGAUUCGCCACAGUUCAGGAGUCAGACUUGGGCAAGGUUGAGGUGACUAAACGCAUAACAGAUUCGGAGAUGGUCGCGCAAUGUUUGGUGUUUUUCCUCGGUGGAUUUGAUGCGGUGUCGACCUGCGCCAUGCUCAUGGCAUACGAAUUGGUCCGCCAUCCGGAUAUACAGCAAAAGUUGUUCAAUGAGAUAGAAAGGACGAACAAGGAUCUCAAUGGGAAAUCACUAACGUACGACGCACUUCAGAAGAUGAAAUACAUGGACAUGGUGGUGUCGGAAACUCUUAGAAUGUGGCCUUCCCGAGCAAAGUUGCCAGCUACGGAUCGUUUGUGCACAAAGGACUAUACGGUGGACGAUGGGCAGGGAUUGAGAUUCACGAUCGAUAAGGGAACGUGCGUUUGGUUUCCAGCUGCUGGGCUGCACCACGAUCCGCAGUAUUUCCCUGAUCCGGACAAGUUCGAUCCGGAGCGGUUCAGUGACGAGAACAAAAACAAAAUCAACCUGGGAGCGUAUCUGCCAUUCGGAAUUGGUCCAAGAAACUGCAUCGGGUCGCGAUUUGCCCUGAUGGAGGUCAAAGCUGUGAUGUAUUACAUUCUGCUUAAGUUUUCGAUCGUCAGAGGUGCAAAGACCCAAAUUCCUAUUCAGAUGCGAAAGGGGUUCACCAAUUUGGGUCCGGCGAAUGGGAUGCAUGUGGAGCUGCAGCUGAGAUGAAAAGCGGAACACUCAAAAGUGUCAUAUAUGGACUUUUUUGUAGAAAUUAUUAGGUGCUUAAAAAAGGUUUUACUUGAAAAUUAAAAGGAAAAACAGAAUCUGCGAAACAGCCCCAGCACUAUCCUACCAGCUAUGAGUAAAACGACUUGUUCACGCUCUGUUGUUAUUAG